AUGCGCGUAAUCCUCUUCCGAACCCCUGCAGAGGGGGACACCUACGUCCCGGCCCUCGCAGCUGCGGGAUACUCUGCCAUUUCGAUCCCCGCAUUGAGCGAUACACUCCUCCCCACUGAGCUUGAGGGGAUCAUCCGCGCCGGUGGGGCGGAAUGGGAGGCGGCGAUUAUCACCUCGCGACGCGCGGCUGAGGCGUGGGUCCUGGCUGCGAAGGAUUAUCGCACGGGAGGAUUGGGUACUGAAGGAGACUGGUCUUCUGUCCCCGUCUGGUCCCCCGGUCCGGCAGUCCAGAGCGUCUUCACGCGCUCCAACGUGCCGACACACCUCCUCCCACGGCCAGCCCCAACAGCAGUGAGCGCGGCAGCACUGGCGCCGCUCAUUCUCGCCUCUCCUCCGCGCACACUCUCACGCAAUAGGUCGGAGGAGAAGGGAGGGCCCGAUCGAGAUGGAGGGGAAGAAAGAGAGAGAUACAAACCAUACCUCAUCCUAACAGGCGACAAGACCCUCCCCCUCCUCACCGAAGCUCUCCGUGGUGCGGGUCGAGUGGUGGAGCGGGUGAAAGUGUACGAGACGAGAGAGGAUCUCGAUUUGGGAAGGGCCAUCCGCAACUUGAGGGGGCUGGACGAACAAGAUACUUGGAUCGCCCUCUUCUCCCCCUCCUCUGCUUCAUUCGUCCUUCCACAUUUCGAGGCAGCCGGAUAUGCCCUCAAGAAAGAGGGGAGGAUCCGCCUCCUCGCCAUCGGGGAGACGACCGAGUCUGCAUUGCGCGCCGGGGGUUGGCGCGUCGAUGCGGUCGCCAAGACGCCGGAUGCGCCGGGGCUGGUGGCCGCUAUUGUUGAGGCGGAUCGGGGGCACGGCAAGUAG